AUGAGCUCCGCUUGGAAGUUGGGCAAAAAAUUCAAGGAAGCGACAAACUCACUGAAGCAGAACCCCACGCCACUGCCUGACGUCGUGGCUGCUGUCCAAGGAGGCCAACCUACCAAUGAGGCUCUUUCUGUGGCAUCCAAACCUACUGCGAUCUCCAAACCAAAUCAGCCCAGAGCCGAAGCUGCAGGUACAUUAUCAAUCAAGAUCAUCGAGGCCGAAGGGUUGUCGGUUCCAACCGGCAUUAACAUCCCAGAUGUCGUCCAAAGAGCAGUUGUCGAUAAUCCCAAGGUUGGAAGCUUGACGGUUGGAAGUCUAGCAGAAAGUCAACCCGCUAAUGGCGAUAAAAAAGCAAACAGAGAGGUAGUUCAAAGAAAAUACAAUUGGUGGUUGCCAUAUCUCGUUUUGGAAUUUGACAAGAAUGAGGUUUUAGUUGAAGCGUUGGGCGGUACUAUCGAUUCGCCAGUCUGGUUCUACAAGGCGGACUUCGACGUGUCCCGCGCGUCUGAGAUCACUGUGUCAACCUAUUUACGAACGAGCCCUCAUGGAAGUCAAAAAACUGACAUGGGUGAUGAUAUCUUCCUUGGAGGGUUGAAUUUUCAACCCUCAUUUGACACCCAAUCGGUCGUCGAUCAUUGGUAUGAUGCCAAUACAAGCAAUGGAACCGGUCGUUUCCAUCUUCAAGUAGCUUUCAAACCCUCUAAAAAUACCCAAUUGACCAUUGAAUCAUUCGAGCUUUUGCAAGUAAUUGGCAAAGGCUCAUUUGGGAAAGUUAUGCAGGUGAGGAAGAAGGACACCGGGAGAAUAUAUGCGAUGAAGACCAUCCGGAAAGCACACAUUGUAUCGCGAUCAGAAGUCACUCACACUCUUGCCGAACGUACCGUCUUGGGCCAAGUGAAUAACCCGUUCAUCGUACCCUUAAAGUUCAGCUUCCAGAAUUCAGAAAAGCUUUACCUGGUUUUGUCUUGCAUUAACGGUGGGGAAUUGUUCCACCAUCUACAGAAAGAAGGAAGGUUCAGUGAAGAAAGAUCAAGACUAUACGCCGCCGAGUUGCUCUGCGCACUCGAGCACCUCCAUGCCUACGAUGUAAUUUAUCGUGACUUGAAACCGGAGAACAUUUUGCUAGACUAUACCGGUCACAUUGCGCUCUGCGACUUUGGAUUAUGCAAGUUGAAUAUGGGCGAAUCUGAAAAAACAAACACAUUUUGCGGAACUCCGGAAUAUUUGUCCCCUGAGCUUCUUCUUGGACAGGGUUAUUCAAAAAGUGUAGAUUGGUGGACUCUGGGAGUCUUGAUCUAUGAAAUGCUUUCUGGGUUGCCGCCGUAUUAUGACGAGAAUGUCAAUGAAAUGUAUCGCAAGAUACUUUACAAUCCACUGCGAUUUGGUCCAGAGAUCAACCCACAAGCACGGUCGCUCUUGACGGGCCUUCUGUCGAGGAACCCAAAGCAAAGAUUGGGAAGCAAUGGAGCGGAGGAAAUCAAACAGCACCCUUUCUUCUCCCAGAUCGAUUGGAAACGACUCAUGAUGAAGCAGUAUACACCACCCUUCAAGCCAAGCGUUGCCAGCGCAAUUGAUACAAGUAAUUUCGAUAGUGAAUUUACGAGUGAGGCUCCCAUGGAUUCGGUAGUAGAAGACUCGCAUCUCAGCGAGACUGUUCAACAACAAUUCAUUGGGUUCACAUAUAAUCCGACGGGCAAUUACAUGGGCGGUGAAAGUGUCAGGUGA